AUGCUGCGGCAGGUGCUUCGCAGAGGGUUCCAGUCGUCCUGCCACAGGCUGGGCUCGUGCGUGAGCCGGCACCCGGUCUUUUUCCUCACCGUGCCCGCGGUCCUGACCAUCACCUUCGGCCUCGGCGCGCUCAACCGCUUCCAGCCCAAGGGCGACCUGGAGCGCCUGGUCGCUCCCAGCCACAGCCUGGCCAGCAGCCUUUUCCCCCUGGACCAGUCCAAAAGCCAGCUCUAUUCGGACUUACACACCCCCGGGAGGUAUGGCAGGGUGAUCCUCCUCUCCCCACCCGGGGACAAUAUUUUGCUCCAGGCUGAGGGGAUCCUGCAGACCCACCGAGCCGUGCGCUUCUGCCAGUUAAAGAGGCAGCACUUCAUUUCUUGCCCUAAACAAGCAGAGAAAACGCAGAGGUUUCAUCUUUAA